AUGGGAUUGAGUUUGCAUCCAAAAUACGGUGGACACUUUUCAUUUCGUGGUGUAAUCGUAUUCCCUGAUGUGCGCCUACUGGACAGCUACAAAGAGAAUGCUCCGAUCAGAACGUUGAAAAGCGAAGAGAGCGUCGAAGAAGCUUUGAAGUUGUUUAACGACAGCUAUUUCGAUAAUCGUUACCGUGAUUGUGGAAGUCCACUCAAGAAACACGGAGAAUUGCAAUUGAAAUAUUUCAAUACGCCACCCGAGAAGAGAUGGUCGUUAAUUGCACAUUGGUUUCGCGAAUAA